AUGUCUGAAGUAACAUCUUUAAAAGCAAAGUAUGCUGCAGCUGGUCAAGAACACCUUUUUACUUUCUACGACGAACUAGGCCCAGAAGAACAGACUUCACUUUUAAAUCAGCUUUCUAAACUCGAUAUUGAACGCGUCAACCGAAUCUUCAAGAAAUCAACUUCGUGUUUAGACAUU